UCCAUUUUGUGACGACUGCAGAUAUUACACAGAGAAAGAGCUAUUCAACAUAUAUCACAACUUCUACUCCUCUGAAGUGUCUGAAACAAUAAAUCAAUGCAUUGUGAAGUAUAUUGUAGGUGAUGGUCAGUAGUGAAGUGAACAUCAACAGUUCUUUUGCAGGUAUAAAUCAACAUUUUAAAUGUGUCAUGGCCUCCAGGAAGAGGCUCUUGAGAGAAAGUGACACAAAGACAAUGAAAAGUUUGAGUCAUGGAGAAUCUCCUGAAUCCAGCUGUGUGUCCAUGAAGAGUGAUGCAUCAAUGAAUCAUCCACUUAAAUUCAGUUCAGGAGGUUGUUGUGCUGAUGUGAGUAACAAAACGGAUGGAUCACAUUCCUUCAAACAGAAGCACAUUGAUUCUGUUUUCCAGGAACUUCAGCACAAAAUCAUCUCUCUGAUGAAGAAAGAGCUGAAGAACUUCAAGAGACUACUGAGCCCAGAUUCCCCAGCAUGCUCUGAGAGAGAGGAGGAGGAGGAUGAAGAUCAGAGCAGUGUCAGAGAGGGGCUUCUGAAGAUCACACUGGACGUCCUGAGGAAGAUGAAUCAGACAGACCUCGCUAACACUCUACAGACCAAAGUUUCUCCUUUUUGUGUGAAAAAACACAAAUCCAGACUAAAGGAGGAAUUCCAGAGAAUUAAUGAAGGAAUGUCAAAUCAAGGAAGCUCAACACUUCUGAAUGAGAUCUACACAGAGCUGUACAUCACAGAGGGAGGGAGUGGAGAGGUCAAUAAUGAACAUGAGGUGAGACAGAUUGAGACAUCAUCCAGGAGACCAGAGACACAUGAAACACCAAUCAAAUGCAAUGACAUCUUUAAAGCCUUACCUGGACAAAUCAAGCCCAUCAGAACUGUGCUGACUAAAGGAGUUGCAGGAAUUGGAAAAACAGUCUCUGUGCAGAAGUUCAUUCUGGACUGGGCUGAAGGAAAAGCAAAUCAGGAUGUUCACUUUAUAUUUCCACUUCCUUUCAGAGAGCUCAAUUUGAUGAAGCAGAAAAAUAUCAGUCUGAUGGAACUUCUUAAUCAGUUUUUCACAAAUACAAAAGAACUGAAAUCAACAGACUUUAAUAAAUACAAAGUUGUGUUUAUCUUUGAUGGUCUGGAUGAAUGUCGACUUCCUCUAGAUUUCCAGAACAAUGAUAUUCUCUCUGAUGUAACAGAAUCAGCCUCAGUGGAUGUGCUGCUGACCAACAUCAUCAAGGGGAAUCUGCUUCCUUCUACUCUGAUCUGGAUCACCUCUCGACCAGCAGCAGCCAAUCAGAUUCCUCCUGAGUGUGUUGACCAGCUCACAGAUGUACGAGGGUUCAAUGACCGUCAGAAGGAUGAGUAUUUCAGGAAGAGAAUAAAUGAUGAAAGUUUGGCCAAUAGAAUCAUCACACACAUGAAAUCAUCAAGAAGCCUGUACAUCAUGUGUCACAUACCAGUCUUCUGCUGGAUUUCAGCCACUGUUCUUAAGAGAAUGUUGUGUGAAGCAGAUAGUCCAGAGAUCCCCAAAACUCUCACUCAAAUGUUCACACACUUCCUGAUCUUUCAGACCAAACUGAAGACACACAAGUAUGAUGGGAAAUGUGAGGUGGAUCUUCAGCAUGCUAGAAAGAGUAUUCUGUCACUGGGAAAGCUGGCUUUUCAACAGCUGGAAAAAAGGAACCUGAUCUUCUAUGAGGAGGACCUGAGAGAGUGUGGCAUUGAUGUCAGAGAAGCAUCAGUGUACUCAGGAGUUUGUACCCAAAUCUUCAGAGAAGAGGUUGGACUGUACCUGGAGAAGGUGUUCAGCUUUGUGCAUCUGAGCAUUCAGGAGUUUCUCGCUGCUUUUUUCAAGUUUCUGAACAACAAGUCAAGAAUGAGUGAUUUCCUGAAGAGUGAAGUGGACAAGGCCUUACAGAGUGAGAACGGACACCUGGACCUUUUCCUCCGAUUCCUUCUGGGUCUCUCACUGGAGUCCAAUCAGACAAUCUUACGAGACCUACUAACACAGACAGGAAGCAGCUCUGACAGCAAACAGGAAAUAGUUGAGUACAUUAAGAUGAAGAUCAGGGAGAAUCCCUCUCCAGAGAAAUCCAUCAAUUUGUUUCACUGUCUGAAUGAACUGAAUGAUCAUUCUCUAGUGCAGGAAGUACAAACAUACCUGAACAGAAGAGACGACAAAACUCAUAGCCUAUACUCUGGAAUAGAUUUAAGUCGUCGCAAUGGAGUCAGUCUCUCCCCUGCUCAGUGGUCAGCUCUGGUGUUUGUGUUGCUGAACUCAGAAGAGAAGCUGGAUGAGUUUAAUCUGAGGGAAUAUGGUCCAUCAGAUGAAUGUCUUUUGAGGCUGCUGCCAGUGAUCAAAGCAUCCAGGAAAGCUGAUCUGUGUUGGUGUAAACUGACAGAGGAAAGUUGUUCAGCACUGGCCUCAGUUCUCAGUUCAAACUCCUCAAGUCUGAGAGAACUGAACCUGACUCUCAAUAAACUGCUGGAUUCAGGAGUGAAGCUGCUCUCUGCUGGACUGAAGAAUACAAACUGUAAUCUGGAGAAACUAAAUCUGUGUGGCUGUAAACUGACAGAGGAAAGUUGUUCAGCACUGGCCUCAGUUCUCAGUUCAAACUCUUCAAGUCUGAGAGAACUGGACCUGACUGGCAAUGAACUGCAGGAUUCAGGAGUGAAGCUGCUCUCUGAUGGACUGAAGAAUACAAACUGUAAACUGGAGAAACUAAAUCUCAGUCUCUGUAAUCUGACAGAGGAAAGUUGUUCAGCACUGGCCUCAGUUCUCAGAUCAAACUCCUCAAGUCUGAGAGAACUGGACCUGAAUGAAAAUGAACUGCAGGAUUCAGGAGUGAAGCUGCUCUCUGCUGGACUGAAGAAUACAAACUGUGAUCUGGAGAAACUAAAUCUGUGGAACUGUAAUCUGACAGAGGAAAGUUGUUCAGCACUGGUCUCAGUUCUCAGUUCAAACUCUUCAAGUCUGAGAGAACUGGACCUGAGUUACAAUAAACUGCAGGAUUCAGGAGUGAAGCUGCUCUCUGAUGGACUGAAGAAUACAAACUGUAAUCUGGAGAAACUAGAUCUGUGUGGCUGUAAUCUGACAGAGGAAAGUUGUUCAGCACUGGCCUCAGUUCUCAGUUCAAACUCUUCAAGUCUGAGAGAACUGGACCUGACUGGCAAUGAACUGCAGGAUUCAGGAGUGAAGCUGCUCUCUGCUGGACUGAAGAAUACAAACUGUAAACUGGAGAAACUAGACCUGUGUGGCUGUAAUCUGACAGAGGAAAGUUGUUCAGCACUGGCCUCAGUUCUCAGUUCAAACUCUUCAAGUCUGAGAGAACUGAACCUGAGAGACAAUAAACUGCAGGAUUCAGGAGUGAAGCUGCUCUCUGAUGGACUGAAGAAUACAAACUGUAAACUGGAGAAACUAGAUCUGUGGAACUGUAAUCUGACAGAGGAAAGUUGUUCAGCACUGGCCUCAGUUCUCAGUUCAAACUCUUCAAGUCUGAGAGAACUGAACCUGAAUGAAAAUGAACUGCAGGAUUCAGGAGUGAAGCUGCUCUCUGCUGGACUGAAGAAUACAAACUGUAAUCUGGAGAAACUAAAUCUGUGUUGGUGUAAUCUGACAGAGGAAAGUUGUUCAGCACUGGCCUCAGUUCUCAGUUCAAACUCCUCAAGUCUGAGAGAACUGGACCUGACUGGCAAUAAACUGCAGGAUUCAGGAGUGAAGCCGCUCUCUGAUCUACUGGAGGAUUCACACUGUAAACUGAAGACAUUACAGUGAGUUAUUGAUUUACUGGUAUUAAUCCUCAACGGAUACCUGGAGUAAUUGCCAAUGUGGGUUAAGUCAUAAAAUAAAUAACUGUUUAUUGGCCCCUACUGGACAAACAGCAGCACUGACCCAGCAGAGCUCAACAUGAGGGACAUCUGUUAGUUAUAAACACACAGACAUGUUUAUAAAUAUGUGUAUUGAUGAAGCAGAAAAGUGAAAUGGAGUUGAAUGUUUUGAGUUUGUCAUUUACUCAGACAGUCAUAUGAUGUUAGUGGAGCUGAUUGGUGCACAGCUGAUCUCUCUACUAAAUAUGUUUAUAUCUUGUAAUUUCAUUGUGAAAGGAUCAGCAGGUAAUCCAAAUGUGUUAUAUUUCUGUUGUGUGGUUGCUGUUGGACUGUAUGUUUCUUAUGGGAAAAGUAAAGUAUCUAUGUGCUAUCUGAUCAAUGCUGUUAACAUUGUAAAUAUGCAAAAUGUUGAUUACCACAAAAAUUAAUUUUGACUUGCAAAAUCUUGGUGUCAUUUUGGAGUCAGACCUUAGUCUGAGUAGUCACAUCAAAGCAAUAACUAAUUCAGCCUACUAACUUCUAAACAAUAUAGUGAAAAUUAGAUGUUUUGUAUCCAGUCAAGACUUAGAGAAACUUGUUCAUGCAUUCAUCACCAGUAGGGUGGACUACUGCAAUGGAAUUCUCACUGCCCUUCCAAAAAGCACCAUUAGGCAGAUGCAGCUCAUACAGAAUGCUGCUGCCAGGAUUCUCACCCGAACCAAAAAAACAUAUUACUCCAGUCUUCAGGUCUUUACACUGGCUUACAGUUACAUUUAGAAUUAAUUUUCAAGUACUAUUACUUGUUAAAAUCACUAAAUGGCCUUGGACCUAAAUACAUUUCAGAUUUGCUUGUUUAAUAUAAACCUAACAGACCUCUCAGAUCAUUAGGAUCAAGUCAGUUAGACAUACAGAGGGUUCAUUCAAAACAAGGUGAGACAGCGUUUAGCUAUUAUGCAACCCUCAGCUGGAACCAGCUUCCAGACUGAAAACACAUCUGUUUAGCUGUGCAUUUUCUGACUGAAUAUUGUGCUGCACUUAUUGAUUUCACUGAAUUGUUUUGCUUUUGUCAUUCAUUUUGAUUAUUCUAUUUUAUUCUUUUUAUUUUUAUACAUUUUUGUCAAUGUGUGUAUUACUUUUUAUUCUUAUUUCAUGUUCUUAAUUGGUUUUUAUUUUUUAUGUAUCUUGUAAUUUCUUUAAAAUUUAUAUGUAAAGCACUUUGAAUUGCCAUUGUGUAUAAAAUGUGCUAUAUAGGAGGGACAAGGCAAGGCAAGUUUAUUUAUUUAGCACAUUUCAUACACAAUGACAAUUCAAAGUGCUUUCCAUGUACAUUUUAAUAUAUAUAUAUAUAUAUAUAUAUAUAUAUACACACACACUACCAGUCAAAAGUUUUGAAACACUUGACUGAAAUGUUUCUCAUGAUCUUAAAAAUCUUUUGAUCUGAAGGCGUAUGCUUAAAUGUUUGAAAUUAGUUUUCUAAACAAAAAUAUAAUUGUGCCACCAUAUUAAUUUAAUUAAAUGUAAUUAAAAAAAAAAUUAAUAUACCUCAAGAAGUUGGUUGAGAAAAGAAUUUACAUGUCUGCAAAUUCUAGGCAAAGGGUGACUACUUUGAAGAUGCUAAAAUAUAACACCGUUUUUAUUUAUUUUGGAUAGUCACAACAUAAUUUCCAUAGUUCCAUUUAUGUUAUUCCAUAGUUUUGAUGACUUUACUAUUAUUCUAAAUUGUGAAAAAAAAAAUUAUAAUAAAGAAUGAGUGUUUCAAAACUUUUGACCGGUAGUGUGUAUAUAAUAUAUAUAUAUAUAUAUAUAUAUAUAUAUAUAUAUAUAUAUAUAUAUAUAUAUAUAUACACACAUAUAUACACACACACACAAAAGUGGCAUUCAGCUGAUCACAAAGUAUAGUCAGCACAUUACUGAUGUAAAAAAACAGCACCAUCAUUAUUUAAAAAAAGUAAUCUUUGAUCAAAUCUAGACAGGCCCCAUUUCCAGCAGCCAUCACUCCAACACCUUAUCCUUGAGUAAUCAUGCUAAAUUGCUAAUUUGGUACUAGAAAAUCACUUGCCAUUAUGUAAAACACAUCUGAAAGCUAUUUGGUUCAUUCAGUGAAGCUUAACAUUUAAGAUAGAUAGCCCUAUUAAAAUUAAGCUUAGUGUCAAACUGAAGACAAACUGAUAACCUAUAGGUGCAAUUAAACUUAAUGUGCCAUUUUUUGUUAUUGAUUUGUUGUCAUUAUUUCAUAUAUAGCAAUUCUUUUUAUUCCUUAUUGUAUUUCUUUUUUAUAUUAGCAUUAUAUUUAAUACAUCAUAUUAUGGUACCUUAAUAUUGUAUGAAGAAUUAUCAAAUGUAUAAAUUCCUUGCCUGCGUUUUCAUUUAGUUGGAUGGUUGUAUUAAUAGUUAAUUUUUCACUUGUUACUGCU